UGUGGACCUGUCACCUCGACACCUAGACCCCGUCAGCCGCAGUAAACCAAGACGAACAUCGUCCUGAGCUACACCAAAUGUGGCUUGUUCAGCACAGGUAUAGACCAGCUCAACUUUUUAGAUGGGCCUGGGGCCGCGAAGAACCGCAAAAAGGCCCCGUACACGCGCCCUGAAACUUAGAUAAAGACACCCACAAGCUCUCUGACAAGUCGUGCUCAACAGUAUCCACAUCGAGCAGAAUGACGGAAGCAGAACAGCCUGCCAUUCAAAUCACUACGGCUAAUCGAAGAUUUGAAGGUCAUAAAGAUAGUGUCUCGGCAGUCGCAGUCUUCCCUGAUAGACGUCGUAUGGUGACGGCCUCGUACGACGGGACCCUUCGUCUGUGGGACUUAGAAGAGGGUGCUGUAUUGAAGAUAAUGAAGGGGCACUGCAACGAAGUGGCAGGAAUUGCAGUAUCCGGAGACGGGCAAUGGAUUGCAAGCGGUGAUUUCGGCGGAGAGGUCAUAGCUUGGAACAGAGACGGCGAGCCUCUCACCCAGCUCAUUAAAGUCCACUCCAACAAGGUUUUCUCGCUCGACUUUUCCCCAGACAGCACAUUUCUGGCGAGUGGCUCAUUUGACACCAUAACGAAGCUCUGGAGCACAAAAACAUGGCGAGUGCAAGGAGAUCCAAUCAAUUGUGGCCCUGGGAGUGGUGCUCAAAUCUUCUGCGUUCGGUAUUCCCCGUCUGGUGAAUAUCUUGCCAUUGCAACCAAGAAUGAUAUCCAAAUAUGGAAUCCACGCAAGAGUCAACGAAUCGUAAAGUUCCAGGGUCACUCUGUAUUCAACAGAGGAUGGAAUUACUCGCUCGCAUGGACGCCUGAUAGCAAACAGCUUGUCUCAGCUGGUUCUACAAGUGAUCCCACCAUACGGAUCUGGGAUUCAUCGACCUGGCAGCAGGUCGGUGAACCCUGCAAAGGCCAUACUGACACUAUCUACAUGGUUGCCUUGAACCCUACUGGCACCCUUAUCGCAUCCGCAUCUGAAGACCAACAGGUCCACCUUUGGCGGCUUUCGGACCGACGAACUAUCGCCAUAUUUAAGCACCCCAAUCAGGUGUAUUGUGUCACGUUCUCUGCGGAUGGCAAGCACAUUUUCAGCGGAGGUAGAGGUGCUAUGAUCUCAAAGUGGGCAGUUCCUUUCCUGGAGGACAUUCCCGAGGACCAGGUAUCAGUCUUGAAGGAUCCGUUACGGGAAGACACUUUGGAGGAACAUGCGGCGAAUGAUGCUCAACAGACCGAUUGCGAGAUCCUCGCCAUUAACACGACAGCCCGCAAUGCAUGCAUCACCGGGGACUUGCCUACUGCUGUCAGGCUGUUCACCCAAGAAAUCAACGCUGAUGGCAACGACUACAAUUCUUACGCGAAUCGCUCGUUUGUCAAGGCAAGAAAUUCAGACUGGGACUGCGCACUUGAUGAUGCGCUCAAAAGCAUCAGUAUCCAACCAUCCUUGAUAGGCUGUGUCUCCGAGGGCAUCGCUCUCUGUGGAAAACGACAGUUCCAAGAUGCGAUGAAAGCGUUUGAUAUCGCGUCCAUGUACGUGGACGCAGACUUGAAUAAAACUCGUCUUCUACUUUUGAUCAAGGCCAUCGCCCUUUUCAAUGCAAAUCAACGUGACGAGGCAAUUCUGCGGGUUCAAGUGUUAACUACUACUCGUCCCAAUCCAAGUUCUCUUGCCUGUGGCAUCGUAGAAGCUUAUCUACACAUGCAAUUGGGAAUGGAUGCAUUAGAUUACGCACGUCACAACGAAGCGGCUGACCACUUCACUGCUGCCGUGAACACCAUUGGUUUCCCGUCUAUGUCGGCCAUCCAUUCUAGAUAUGAUAUCUUCGUGGUGUUAUUCGGGUGGGACCUCAAGUCCUUGUGGCAAACUGCACAUCAGAAUCGGUGCAAUGUGCUCCUUCGGGCAGGCAGACUUCCAGAAGCCAUCGAAGCAUAUCGGUACAUGAUGGAUAGGGCUGAUGAGGCUACGAAAGCACGCUGCAUUGAUUGGUCCACUGCUUUCACACAAGAUUGCGGCAUGCUUUAUACUGCGGCGAUCGACCUCGAUUUUGCAACCGACACCAUCUUUGCGAACCGCAGUAAGGCGAGGUCGGGGGAAAUGCUAUGGGAUGGUGCACUCCUUGACGUGGAAAAGGUCAUCAAAGUCAACCCCUCAUCUUAUUUUGGAUAUCAGUUAAAGCAUGCGGUACUUCAUGGCGCACAUCGAUAUGAUGAAGCGAUCGAUGCAUUCCAAACUAUGCUUUCCAAGUUGGAAAAUGCCCCUGACACGCAAACACAAAAACUGCGCCAACAAUACGUCAAUCCAUCUGAAGUGAAAGGGGCUAUUCAACAGACUGUCAAGGCUCAGCUCGACGACGCUCCCCAUCGUCUGCUCGACACAUUUACUGGCCGACUAUGUGAUCGAGAGGCACAGAUCAAUGCCUUUAUAACGAGCACAGAAUACAAGGAGAUUUUGUCAUCAAAAUUGAUGCACGUAGAUCUCCGAAUGGAACACAUCAAAGAUGUCGUGGCGAUGUACUUCCGUUGUGUCACGCUAUCCCAUCGUUGGGAAGGAAAGGAACCACUGCUACACGACGUCCAGGACAAAGUCGUUGAUGAGUUGAAUCCGGUUGACGGCAUCAUGAAAUUGCAGUCUUUCUGCAAAACCGCUCGCGCUGCGGGGUAUCGCUGGGGGUGGAUUGAUUCAUGUUGCAUCGACCAGGCUAACAACGUCGAACUUCAAACAUCCCUCAAUUCCAUGUUCGUAUGGUAUCGCACUUCAGCGCUCACGAUGGUCUACCUAUCAGAUGUUCCGCCUUCGUCGAAGCCGGGCGCACUGGCAAAGAGCGCAUGGAACACGCGAGGAUGGACCGUACCAGAAUUCCUCGCCCCGAAGGUCAUCCGCUUCUACCAAAGUGACUGGACCCCGUAUCUCGAUGACUGCUCUCCCAAUCACAAGCAGUCUGUCGCGAUCAUGCAGGAGUUGGAAGAUGCGACGGGGAUAGAUGCACAAAUCCUUGUCGCCUUCCGUCCUGGCAUGAUAAACGCCCGCGAAAAACUGCAAUGGGCGUCGACGCGUGUAACCGCAGUGGAGGAAGACAUUGCGUACUCCUUAUUUGGAAUAUUUGGUGUUCAGCUCCCUAUCAUGUACGGUGAGAAGAAGCAAAAGGCACUCGGCCGGCUCUUGCAGGAGAUUAUCGCUGAGUCUGGGGACAUUACUGCCCUGGACUGGGUCGGAACAUCAUCCGAAUUUAAUAGCUGUCUGCCUGCCGACAUCACUUCAUACGAAGCCCCACCCUACAAGCUGCCAUCCAUCUCUGAAGAUGAGAUGCCGAAAUUGGUAUCGUCGCUGAAAAGUACUGUGACUGUCGAGUCAGCUCUGAAAAUGUACAGCUCGCUCGACUGCCUGAGCGCUCCACGUUUCGCUCACCGCCGGCUGCAUCUGCCAUGUAACGCAUUCCCUAUCACAGAAGUUAGACGGAGAUUCAUUAGAUAUGAAGAGACCUACUUCACGUAUGAAGUCAAGGCGGACGGGCUUCGUGACCUGGAGAUCACCACGGAGAACAAAUUGCUUCAGUUCUCACGAGGAAGACCCGCUCGACCCGGACGGUCAUUCUUACUCGUCCGUCCCUGGGAUCGUCGUCUUCAGCUUUCUGACUAUGCAGACGAUACAGAGAGCAUGUAUGAUUUUACUCUCCCAUCACCCUGGCCCAUAGAACAGUGCCCGGUUGAUUCAGAUUCGAGCGAGCGUGCAAUGCGAUUGAUUAUCCGUCUUGGACAGCCGUUUAGCGCAUUCUUGCUAGCACAGCAACGCGGUGGAGAAUACAAGAGAAUCGCAUCAGAUCGUGAUAUCAUCGCACAAGUCAAAGACGUGAAUUCUGUUCAAGGCAUGACGGACGUCAGGACACUAGAGAUAUUGUAGCUGUAUGCGCAAGAAAUGGAUCUCUUACUGCAGUUUUCAUUCUCGAUAUUUCCUCCAGGACCAGAAUCCUCCUGUAUACACGUACCCGGGUAUUUACUAUCCAUCUCAUUGAUAUAGGACAGCUUUAAAACGGUCGGCCAUCAGCCAGGGUCAACCCAGCCAUUUGGACAGACAGAUCAUUGAAUUCAAACGCUGAGCCAC